AUGUGGACAGUUCUGUGUGGGAUUCUCUACUCAACGCUUGUGGUGCGGGCGGAUUUGGACGUGUGUCUUAAGGACCAGGGCUGUCUUCGCGGCACAAUGAUGCCAGGAUAUCGAGGCGAUGCUUUUGAGGCUUUUAUGGGCAUACCCUUUGCCCAGCCACCCAUAAAGGAUUUACGCUUCCAGAAUCCCGUUGCUGCCAAUGGCUGGGAGGGAAUACUGAAUGCCAGCGUUCCCCAUACCAGUUGCCUGCAGAAGUGCUACUUUCUCAGAACGUGGCCUGUGUUUGGGGAUGAGGAUUGUCUCUACUUGAACGUAUACAGACCUGUUGUGUCUCAAGAGGAUCAGUCAGCACACUCUUUACCCGUUAUGGUCUAUUUUCACUCGGGUGGAUUCGCCUGUGGCUCUUCAGAUCCACAUUCCGUUGGACCGGAGUAUCUUAUGGACACACAGCAGGUUAUUUUGGUCACCACCAACAAUCGUCUAGGUCCAUUCGGCUUCUUGAGCACGGGCGAUCGUCACAUGUCUGGCAACUUUGGAUUUAAGGAUCAACGAUUGGCGCUUCAGUGGGUGCAGCAGCAUAUCGCUUCCUUCGGCGGCGAUCCUGAUCUGGUGACCAUUUUUGGUCACAGUGCCGGUGGCAUGUCCUCUCACUUGCAUAUGCUCAGCCCCAACUCCAAGGGUCUCUUUCACCGCACCAUAUCCUUAAGCGGCACAGCCUUGUCGGCGAUGGUCCGUGUAAGGGAUCCCUUGGCGCAGGCUCGUCAACUGGCAGAGCAGGUGGGGGUACCGCAGUGGAGUAGUCUGGACACCCAGCAGCUGGCCGAAUCACUGCGUGAAGUUGAUGCCUUGAAAAUACUGGAAGGAGGCGAUAUAUUCAAGGUGUGGAACAAUGGACCUCUUGUAAAUUACGCAGCUGUUGUGGAGCAGGAUGCAACGUCCGAAUCCUUUUUCAACGAGGAUUUCGUAGAAUCCCAUAUGGCUGGGCGUAUCCAUCAGGUGCCCUGGUUACUUGGUAUCUCAUCUCGAGCUGGCGAAGGUGCCUUGUUCCUAUUGCACAUCUACACAAAUCCACAGUUUCUAAAGGAAUUCAAUGAAAACUUCCUAGAAUUUUUUCCUUUAACCUUGUACCUGCCUGAGGGAACCUCAACGGAUACUGUCAAGGAUCUUCUGGCGUUAUACGAUGUGCAGGAGAUGGAACUUAACGAGCGUACAAUAGUUCCCCUCUCGAAUAUCGUUGGUGACUUUGACUUCUUGUAUCCUCUUUAUGCUUCUGCCGAGAAAUAUGCUGGGUAUACCCAAGAGCCCCUUUCGAUUUAUAGCUUCGAAUACCGCAGCCAAAGCAACAUCUCCUUUUCCCGAGCUUAUAGCGAGGGAAUUGUCCAACCUGAACUCCUUCCUGCCCACAUGGAUGAUGGUCUACAUACCAUUCGUAUGCCGAUUUUAUUGCCGGACUUUCCCAAAGAUUCCGAAGACAAUCUGGUAACCAAACGUCUUACGUCCCUUUUGGUAGAGUUCGCUAAAACAGGGGUGUUCUAUAACGAAACCAAGCUACCAGCCUGCAAAGCUGUCGACUUUACAACAGAAGAAAUGUGCAAGUACUUACGCUUUGGACAACAAAAUGGGGUUUAUCAGGAGACAAUCGAGAGGAGUAUGGACUUGCGUGGUCUGCCCCUUUGGAAGAAACUCUAUUUAUAGAUAGCAAGCUAUUCAAAGUUGAAUGCACAACCUAAGGAUAUCCUGUAAAAUUGUAUCUAUGAAAGGAAAUAUUUACUUUAAGUAUGUACCGAUUAAUAAAAGCUUCUGUGGGUUAAACUGGAUAUAAGGUAUAUAAGUACAGUUGCAUAUUUUGUAUACCUUGUAAAAAUUGUUUGUAAUUAACAGCCGAUAAAAUUGUGGAUACCCUGUAAAAUGAUGAAUAUGUUAAGCAUAAAGCAGUUAGUUGCACACCAGAUAUAUGGCUAGUAUGAUUUUAAAAAGUUAUAAGAAGGUGCACCACUUGGAGAUACCCUGUAAAAUUGUGAAUAUGUAAAGAAUAAAGUUUUGUAGUUGACCUUAGUGUA